GGGAAUUGUAGUUUGGCGUCCAUUCGCCCCCAAGUGGAAGGUGCGGCUGACUUAAGAGCUUCUGUUGCAAUGCUGGGAUCGAGGUGGAAGGGGACCACGCAACUAAUCCCCCAGGAAGGUUUACUGCCGCGAUCUCUCGCCUGAAGACAGGCCGGUCGGGUUGGACCAGCCAGGUCCCAAAAGCAAGAGGAGAGAGAGGCGGAGUUGUGCCGGUCGGGCCCAGCUCGGGGCUCGGUUCUCUCUCUCUCUCUCUCUCUCUUGCUGCCUCGCUUGGCGAGAGCGCGAUUCCUGGGGGGUGCAGCCCCGGCUUCCCCUUCCCCGCACUGAGGCGGCUCCAUGCGGCUGGCGGCCUCUUCCACCUCCUCACACUCCUCCGCAAGAGGCAGGGCGAAAAGGCGGCAUCCGCCCGCGAGCGCCCUGAGGCCGCCGCCGCCGCCCUCGGCCUGAGCGGGAGCCGCGUUUGAAAGGAGAAAGGAUGGCGAACCAGCUGGUAGUCCUCAACGUCUACGAUAUGAGACACACACACAUGGUUUCUGCUCUUAAUAUAUAUAGCAACAAUACUUUUUCUAAAUGUAAAACGUAUUUUACAUGACAUAUAGUUUGCUAUGUCAAUCAGCAUGGAAUAUUUGAGAAACAAAGGCAAUACAAUACUAUUUACAACAAAAUGUAUUAUUUACAAAUAACAUAUAAAUAUAUUAAUUAAAAAAAUCAUACAUCAUUUUCAUAAAAUUUAAGUAUUUAAAAUGAUACUAUUUCCCCAAAAAUAAGACGUCCCCUGAUAAUAAGCCCAAUUGGGCUUUUGAAUGCAUGCACUAAAAUAACCCCCCCCCCGAAAAUAAGGCCUCCCAAAAAUAUUUAAACGCAGAGCUGGAAAUCAGGUAAGACGGCAAGAGGAGCGCCAUCUUGCUCCACAUGCCCCAAAAUAAUAAGACCUCCCCGAAAAUAAGGCCAAGCGCUUAUUUCAGGGUUCAAAAAAAUAUAAGACAGGGUCUUAUUUUUGGGGAAACACGGUAUGUAAAAUAACCAAAUCUUACGUAUUUCAUAGUAUUCAAUAUACAUAAACAUUGUUCCCUGGUAAAUGACCUUUGAUUAGAAGUGAAGCAUAGCUAGUAUAAUGUAAGUAUGUCAGUAUACACCAUAAGGUUUUAUACUUUAAACAAAUUAUUGAAUAGAUAGUGUUUCUCAACCUCAGCAACUUUAAGAUGUCUGGACUUAAACUCCCAGCGGGAAAUCCUGGGGAUUGAAGUCUAAAAGUUGAAGAGAUUGAGAAAUAAUGGAAUAGACUGUGCCAGGAUGAAGUAGUCAUAUCUGCCAUCAUUGGGAAGAGAAAAAUUCCUCAAGGCAAGCAGCUGACUCAGUGACUUGAUUAAUGAGGGGAAACAAGCUGAAUUCAUUCAUAAUGAGGAGCUGUAAACCAUAGGUUACACAUGACAGCCUUGGGUUCCCAUAAACUCACUGAACUAAAAUUGAAAAAAAAUAAUUUAGCAUGAUGUAGAAACUAGUAGUCAUAUAGAACUAAUUAUAGGAACACAGCUGUUUUUUGUUUGUUUAUAGCUUCUUUCUCAGGUAGUUCCAGGUGGAAAAACCAUUGUGCCUUGUACAAUGACAUGGUAAGCUACAUUUACCAACAAGUGACAGCUCAUUAGUUCGCACAGGCACACAGGAAGAUCCAAGGAUCUGAUAGCCUGGUUUGCUAUCUGAAUAGAUGCAGUUAUUGGGUAAGUUGUUUUGUGGCCGAAAGGCGUGAAACUCAAGACAAAUAUGACUUCCCCUUUGAGACAUCUUGCUGGAAAAAGAUCUGGAACUGAUUUCUGGCUGAACUGGCAGCUUAUGAUGAUGAAAGUGAAGAAUCAAAAGAAAAACGUUCAGCAGCAGAUUUCUGAGAAAGGAUUGUCAGAGGGGAGGGCAAAGAAUUAAAUUAAACAAACCACUUUGCAAGUCAAAACAACCAAAAGGACUGAAAGCAGAGGAAAACUGCUGGAUAACAUCCCUUCUAGUUAUGUUUUUUUUUAUUUUAUUUUUUAAAUUUUUACAUUUAUAUCCCGCCCUUCUCCGAAGACUCAGGGCGGCUUACAGUGUGUAAGGCAAUAGUCUCAUUCUAUUUGUAUAUUUACAAAGUCAACUUAUUGCCCCCCCAACAAUCUGGGUCCUCAUUUUACCUACCUUAUAAAGGAUGGAAGGCUGAGUCAACCUUGGGCCUGGUGGGGCUUGAACCUGCAGUAAUUGCAGGCUGCUGUGUUUUAAUAACAGGCUUCUUACAGCCUGAGCCACCACGGCCAUGUUGGAUUUGGCUAUGGUAAUAAGGAAAUAUGACGUGAGAGAAAAACCAGUGACAGGUUUUCUCACAUAGAAGCAAGAGGAUAAUCAAAACUUCAUGAAUUGCUAGCCAGUACAAAUGUAACUAUCAAGGUUGAAGAUUACAAAGAUGUCACUGCAGCUUGUGUCAUAAAGGUUUCCAGUAUUGAAACAGCACAAAUUAUUCUACAGUUGGCUUGACAGUAUUUCCCCUUUGAAUAAAAUUUUGAAAAAGGAAAUUUAACAAAAAACUCUGGCUUUUUAGAGAAAGCCAAUCAAAUAACAGAUCACUAGGAUCUAUGAUAAUCUUAUAUUGUCUUUCUAAAGGAAAUAACUUUACAUAUUCUAAAACAAUAUAGAUUUCAAAUUCAAGGAACAAAAGCCCAGUUCUUUCAAGAUUUAAGUCCUAGUACCUAAAACAAAACAGUUUCAACUGAUCACAUCAUGAAGAAUUCUGGGAUUCUUUAAAAAUUGACAUUUUUAUUCAAAAUCCUGAUUAAAUUGGAAGGUAGAUUCUUCCCUGCCUAUCAUUCCAGCCAUGCAACAGAGAUCUUGAAGAAACUUCGGCUAACAUCCCCUCGUUUCUGAAGAAUCAGGAGCAAAAAGGAUAAAAGGGAAUCACAGAAUUGGUGGGAUGACGACAUACCAUAUAGCUAUUUAUAUAUAUAUAUAAAUACCAAGGCUUUAAUUAAAACUCAAUAUUAUAUUUGGGAUUAUUUAUUUAUUUUUAUUUGUGCUAGCUGUAGUCAAAACGCUCUUAGUGGAAAUAGCAAGAGGUCAAAAAGUAAUUCCAAGGAUGUAACAACUUUUAUAGUUAAAAUGGUGUGAGUGGGGUUGUUUUUCUAUAGUCUAUUAUCCUGGAGUGCUUUAGUUACUGUGAUCCUUGUCAUUUUUGAUACUGCAACAUGAUAAUUACUGCAGUCUUCCUCCAUACCUCCAAAAAAGAAAAACCACAAGUAGUUCUCGACUUACAACCACAAUUGAGCCCAGGAUUUUGGUUGUAAGUCAUCAUUGUAACUGGUUGCUUUGCUCAAUGACCACAAUCUUAGCUCUCCCCAUUGCAGUUAUUAAAGCUACCUCACAGGUCAUUAAGUGAUUGCAGAGGUACCUCAGAAUGGAGAAUGCCUUGGAAGGCCCAGCACCCACUGGAGUGUGGAAAACUGCCAUGGGCCAGAUGGCCUCAACCAGCUAAGCCCAGCAGCACACAGGUCUCCUUCCUCCCCCCACCGCACCCCAUCCCAAGAAACCUGACCUUUUCCCUACUAUACCACCACUGGCCAUGCCUGAGUCUACUUCAUUUUCCCUUUCUCUGCAGCUGCCGAAAGGCACGCCUAGCCAAAGUAAGACUCAGCUAGAAAGCUAAUGAAGACAAUUUUCCUCAAACCCAGAGAGGCAAUCUUUCUCAAAGCUGGACAGGAAAAUGAAGUCAGCCAGCAAAGUGGUAGAUGGAGUGGGAGAAGACGUGUGUGUACUGGACCUAACUGGCUGAGGCCUUGUGGCAUGUAGUGAAUUUCCGGGUGUCAGUGGGUCUACCCAGUCAAGGCCUCCUGGCUCACAGUAGUGGUAGUGGUGAGUCAGCCAUCUCACAGUGAUAGGGGUGGGCACACUGCAAAGCACCCAAAUUUUGAUUUGCAUGACUACCGGGGCACUGCAACAAAUAAACUUCGGCCAGGUGUCGUAAGUGCCUUCAUUCAGCAUUGUCAUAAUUUUGAACUACACAGUAAAAGAAAGAUCAUAUAAAUGUUUCCAAUGAUAUAGAUACAAUUUGUGUUCUAUAUUUAUUCCCCCAUUCAAAAUUUAUAGAAAUAAAAAAGAGGUACAGUUUUCUAGCGUACCUUGCAUUAAUUAAUUAAUUUUAAUGAUCUGUGACAAACUCUUUUUCCAUUUAUUUGUUGAAUAUACUCUCCAUCUUAUAUCUUUAAUGUUCCCUUCUACUUUUAAAAUGGUUCCUGAGCACUAAAAGAUGCAGUUUAUUUCUCUUUCCCUGGCAGGUGUAGAAUUAAAGUUUGUAGACUGUGCUUGAAGAGAGCUGGUAAGCUGAACAUUUAAUUAAAUUGCUUUUGCAAUUUCUUUUAUAUUUAGGAAGAUAGAAUGCCUCCAGUUUAAGAAGCAGGCUCUCCCUUCUACUACACCACAGCCACCAUCUCAGCUUUGGCUUCUGGGGAGGUUGUAAUUGCACUACGUUAUGGAGUAAGGCUUCAAGCCAGAAACUAUUUAUUCUCUCCCACUUUGUGGCAACUCUUGCUGACACCCAAUUCAGUUGGGAAAUUCACAGCUUCAGAGGCAGAAAGAGAGAGAGAAGUAUGGAUCAUUGACAGGUGCCCACUAGGAAUCCUAAUAUUACUGGAUGAAUGAAUACACUUCCUCCCUUGGAAUUGGAGUAUUUCACUCAGGAAUUGAGAUAUAUGGUAGAGAAUUUGCUUAUGGUGGUCAUCCAUAUCCUUUUUCUGGAAUAUUUGAAAUUUUACCAGGCAAUGCAUCUGAAUUAGGGGAAACAUUUAAAUUCAAAGAAGCUGUUGUUCUUGGAAGUACUGACUUCAUGGAGGAAGAUGUAGAAAAAAUUAUAGAAGAACUUGGAAAAGAAUUUAAAGGAAAUGCUUAUCACUUAAUGCACAAAAACUGCAAUCACUUUUCUUCAGCUUUAUCAGAGAUUCUCUGUGGAAGAGAGAUUCCUCGUUGGGUGAAUCGUCUUGCCUAUUUCAGUUCCUGUAUUCCUUUUCUCCAGAGUUGUCUACCAAAAGAAUGGCUUACACCUGCUGCCCUUCAGUCUAGCGUAAGCCAAGAGCUUCAGGAAGUCCUAGAAGAAGCAGAAGAUGCUGCAACAUCAGCUUCUCUACCAAGUUCAGCAUCAGGGGCAAGAACUGGCCAUCAUACUAAAAUAUAGGUUUAGUCCAAAGUACUGUUAUUUUGGAAACUUUGUCAAUAACUGACUUCCCUUAUACAAUAGUAAAUAGACAUUUGAUGGUGUCUUUGGUUUGCAAUUAGAGAACUAAUUCAAACCUAUGGUGUUCUGCUCAGGAUUUUAUAUGUAGUAAAAAAAGUGUCUUGAUGAAAUGAAAAGAACUCGAGAAGAACUCAAAUGCAAUCUUCAUUUUAAUCUAAUCAAAUGACGUGGACUAAUUGAGCAGAAGUUAAAACUGUUUACAGUAUUGUGUGCUGCUGUUUACAAAUCCCCGAGGGAUAUCAGCCAUUAAAAGAAAAUGAAUAAAUUCAGUACAGCCUGCAUAACUUCAUCAACAUCAGUGGAAGUAAAGUAAUGGUUAGUGUUCCUUGCUACUGCCUUGGAAUAGAAUAGUUUAAGAGUAUGCCUCUUCCAACUCUUGUUGGUAUACAAGGAACUAGUAAAUACUGUGUGUAAACAGGGUACAGAAUUAUCAAUACAAAGAAUUUUGCCUAAGAAAGAAAGGAAGUAGUCUUAUUAUUUAGCAGAAAUGUUCCUAAAAUGUGACUUCUAUGUCAAUUUUUUUCAAUUUACAAUGAGCAGAUUUAUAUUUUAUUACAAAUACAAGUGCAUUCUUUUGGGUGAUAAAUUGCAGUUAUUUCAUUUCAAUUGCCUCAUUCUUUUAUCUGAUUUGUAGAUAUGAAAAAUCAUUCUGAGAUUUUCAGAUAGUAGUGCCUGUUUCACAUAUCAUUUAAAAUCUGAACUUAUAAGAUGAAUGCAGAUAAAAUAGAUGAAUUACAGAUUCAUAUAAACUUGUGGAUGAGUUAAUUUAGAACAUGGUAAAUAAUAGGUCAUUUGGAAACUAAAAAUGUGGAUCAUCCAACAGAUGUAGUGUUGUUAAACAGAAUUCUAAUUCAGAAACUCCAAGAGAAGUGACAGUUGUAAUUGCCUUUCUCAGCAGCCAGAUGCAAACAAAGAAACCAAAUGUUUUAUCCAGCUCACUGUGUUUUUUGCCGAAUCAAUGAGUUGUUUUAGAUGAAUAGGUUUUAGACAUUUUUGUGCGAUUAAAUAGCAAUACGUACUGUGUGAACUACAAAAAAAUCAAUUGCAAAAGUAUUAGAGGAAUAUCUUCUAUUUAACGUGUUCUAUGACAUGAUUUCAUUAGGGUAGAGAUUAACAAUAGUACUGGCAUCUAAUUGAAAUUGGGUUCAGAUUUUUAUAUAUGCAGUUCUAAGACUCUUCCAAAUAUAUGGAAAGGAAUGACCUGGAAACUGUGUUUAAACCAAGGCUUUUCAAGGCUUGCA